CAUCACCCCACGUUCUUCUUCUCUCGCAUACUCACAUAUCUCCCUCUUCUUGAACCUCACAAAUAUCCAAAAUGGAAACCCUUGCACCUCCACCAAAGUUAACCCAUCUCUUCACGCUGCGCUGCGCGGUAGAUCCGCCAAUGGAGAUUGGAAAUGGGCCUUACGGUCGGCGUCGCUGCGUACCGAUCAUGUCGGGAUCGGUGCGAGGACCGUACUUUAAUGGAGAGGUUGUUCCAGGAGGAGCGGAUUUUAUGCUCGUGGAAGAUAAUCAAACCACACAUGUCAACACCAACUAUGUGAUUAAAAGCGAUGACGGUGCGCUUCUGUAUAUUCGAACCGAAGGUACUCGAGCUGGACCUCCACAGGUGCUGAAAGCGUUGAUGGAAGGAGGACCCGUCGACCCCAGCAAGUACUGGUUCCAUCUCCAUGUGAAAAUCGAGACGGGACAUGAGAAGUAUAAGUGGAUGAAUGACCGAGUUAUCAUUGGGAGAGCUACUCGAGCCAAGGGAGAAGUCGCCUACGACGCAUAUUUCCUGGAGAAUGAUCCUUGAACACCGACGUCAUUCAUUCCCUCGAUCGUGGUGACUGGCCCGACUGCCAAGGCGUGAGAGUUCGGGUGAAGAAGAGAAACGCAGAGAGACCUGACCGAAAAGGUCCUUUCCUGGUAUGGGAUUGAUUUAUAGGGGUACUGUGUUGCGCUCGUCAAAUAGCCUAGGGC